AUGAAGAUUCUUGAUCCUCAAGCUGCAACGCUUUCAAAUGUGGAAGUGCUGGCUUACUUGAAGUCCAACCCUCCGCGCCUGUCGGCCCAAGCGCCUCUCCCGAAUGCGAAGAACUUUGUGCCUAAACCGGACUUGAGAGACUACAACACAGUGGUAAAAGAGUACAAUGACUAUGUCGUUCGGCUCUCCCCUCACCUCCUAUCAUAUCCUAGCUUUACGUCUAUAUCUCCCGAGAAUGCUGCUGGCGAUAAUUCAACAACCGACCUGGACGUUGCGCUUCGAACACUGAUCUCGAGCUUGAAACCAUUCAACCUGACGAAGGCAGAAGUGUUGAUGAUUAUCAAUUUAGGGGUUGGCCUUGAAGCUAAGCCAGAAGGAGAGGCUGCUGAGGAUACGGUCAUGCAAGAUGGAGACGGCGAAAAUGGGGACGCAGGUGUUGACUAUGGAGCCCUAGCGCUUCUCGAUACAAUUAUAGAAGACCGAGAAGAGCGACUAGCGGAUGAGGACGUUGCGGAAAUACUAAGAAUUGUGAGGGAGACUCUGGUUAAAAAAGAGCCAGUGAAGGAAGAACCUGAACAAACAAUGGAAGAAAGCUGA